UGUGGGCUGCUGGCAGGAGCUGUGUCAGUCCUGGGCCCUCAGAGGGAGCUCGCAGGUCGUUCCCGUCAACCCCAUCCCCCCACCAUGGAUCACUCUUCGUUCAGCGGUGCGCCCCGCUUCCUUACCCGACCUAAGGCUUUUGUGGUGUCGGUAGGCAAGGAUGCCACCCUGAGCUGCCAAAUCGUAGGCAACCCUACGCCGCAGGUGAGCUGGGAGAAGGACCGGCAGCCGAUAGAGGCGGGUGCUCGCUUCCGCCUGGCUCAGGACGGAGACUUGUACCGCCUCACCAUCCUGGACCUGGCGCUCGGCGACAGCGGGCAGUACGUGUGCCGCGCGCGAAACGCCAUUGGCGAGGCCUUUGCGGCGGUGGGCCUCCAGGUGAACGCAGAGGCCGCUUGCGCCGAGCAGGCGCCCCACUUCUUGCUACGGCCCACGUCCAUCCGCGUGCGCGAGGGCGCGGAGGCCACCUUCCGCUGCCGCGUGCGCGGCUCGCCGCCUAUGGCGGUGAGCUGGGCAAAGGACGGACGGCGCCUGGGCGCUCCUGACGCCCCCCGAAUGAGCGUGGAAGCCAGUGGCGAGGCGAGUGCGCUGCGCAUCCAGGCCGCUCGGCCGCACGACGGAGGGACCUACACUGUGCGAGCAGAGAACCCACUGGGCACCGCCAGCGCUGCCGCCGCGCUCACCGUAGACACGGACGUUGACACCGCAGGCCCGCCUGGAGCCUCCACCGCCGUGCUCUUGGCGCACCUGCAGCAGCGGCGCGAGGCCAUGAGGGCGGAGGGCGUCCCAGCUUCGCCACCUGGGGCCGGCACGCGCACCUGCACAGUGACUGAGGGCAAGCACGCGCGCCUCAGCUGUUACGUGACGGGUGAGCCUAAGCCCGAGACCGUGUGGAAGAAAGAUGGGCAGCUGGUGGCCGAGGGCCGGCGACACGUGGUGUACGAGGACGCGCAGGAGAACUUUGUGCUCAAGAUCCUCUUCUGCAAGCAGUCGGACCGCGGACUCUACACCUGCACGGCGUCCAACCUCGUGGGCCAGACGUACAGCUCUGUGCUGGUCGUCGUGCGAGAGCCCACAGUCCCCUUCAAGACGCGGCUGCAGGACCUGGAGGUUCACGAGAAAGGGUCGGCCACAUUCCGGUGCGAGGUGCCGCUGCCAGCCACUGAGGCCGCGUGGUACAAGGAAGAGACGCGGCUGUGGGCCAGCGCCAAGUACGCUAUAGAGGAGGCAGGCACGGAGCGCCGGCUGACCGUGCACAACGCCUCGGCCGACGACGACGCCGUGUACAUCUGCGAGACGGCCGAGGGCAGCCGCACUGUGGCUGAGCUCGCGGUGCGAGGCAAUCUCACCCGAAAGCUACCGAGGAAGACGGCUGUGCGAGUGGGAGACACUGCCAUGUUCUGCGUAGAGCUGGCCAGGCCGGAGGACCAGGUCCGCUGGCUGCGGAACCAAGAGGAGGUGAUGGCCGGUGGCCGCAUGGCCAUCACCACAGAAGGCACGUGCCACACACUGACCAUCUCCCAGUGCAGCCUGGAGGACAUGGGCGAGGUGGCUUUCAUGGCUGGGGACUGCAGGACGUCUACCCAGUUCUUAGUGUUGGUCCCCAGGAAGCCGCCCCUGCAUUCCCCUGAGGCCCCUGUGGUGAAGGCCAGGACGGAGAGCUCUGUGACCCUUGGCUGGUCCCCUCCACCCCAUGGGGACUGCCCUGUUGCCAUCGAUGGCUACCUGGUGGAGAAGAAGCGACUGGGCACCUAUACCUGGAGCCGGUGCCAUGAGGCCAAGUGGGUGGCCACACCGGAGCUGACUGUGGCUGGCGUGACCGAGGAGGGAGACUUUCAGUUCCGGGUCUCAGCUGUGAACAGCUUUGGCCAGAGCCAUUACCUUGAGUUUCCGGGGACCGUCCACCUGGUCCCCCAGCUGGCUGUGAAGACACCUCUGAAGGCGGUAGAGGCAGUGGAGGGCCGUGAGGUGACCUUCUCUGUGGACCUCACUUCGGCCUCGGCUGGUGAGUGGUUCCUGGACGGGCAGGCUUUGAAGGCCAGCAGUGUGUAUGUGAUCCGCUGCGACGGCACCCGACACACUGUCACCAUCUGCUCGGUGCCCGCCAGUCUGCAUGGAGCUGAGCUCAAGUUCGUGGCCAAUGGUAUCGAGAGCAGCAUCCACAUGGAGGUCCGAGCGGCCCCAGGGCUGACCAGCAAGCAUCCAGUGGCAGUGCAGGAGGUGCUGGCCCGGCUGCAUGAGGAAGCACAGCUCCUGGCUGAGUUAUCGGACCAGGCUGCUGCUGUGACAUGGCUCAAGGAUGGCCAAGCACUACCCCCAGGCCCCAAGUACGAGGUGCAGGCUUCAGCAGGGCAGCAGGCACUGCUGGUGCGGGAUGUGGCGCGAGAUGAUGCUGGCCUGUAUGAAUGCAUCAGCCGUGGGGACCGCAUUGCCUACCAGCUGUUGGUGCAAGGGCUCACACCUUUUCUGCACAAGGACUCGGUGGGUGGCUGUGUGGACGUGGCAGCUGGGGAGCCAGCCCACUUUGAGUGCGAGACUGCGGAGGCCCACGUACACGUGCGCUGGUUUAAGGAUGGUGCAGAGCUCAGCCGCUCCUGCUCACGCUUCUCACAGGAGGAUGUGGGCACGCGGCACCUGCUUGUGGCCACCUCAGUCACCAGGCAAGAUGAGGGGACCUACUCAUGCCGCGUGGGCGAACAUUCUGUAGAUUUCCAGCUGCGAGUCUGCGAGCCCACGGUGGUGUUUGCCAAGGAGCAGCAGGCACGCAGUGAGGUGCAGGCCGAGGCGGGGGCCAGUGCCACGCUGAGCUGCGAGGUGGGCCAGGCCCAGACGGAGGUGACGUGGUACAAGGACGGCAAGAAGCUGAGUGGGAGCUCGAAAGUGCGCGUGGAGGCCAAGGGCUGCACCCGGCGUCUGGUGCUGCAGCAGGCGGGGAAGGCGGACAGCGGGGAGUACAGCUGUGAGGCCGGGGGCCAGAGGGUCUCCUUCCGCCUGGAUGUCACAGAGCCCAUGGUGGUGUUUGCCAAGGAGCAGCAGGCACGCAGUGAGGUGCAGGCCGAGGCGGGGGCCAGUGCCACACUGAGCUGCGAGGUGGCCCAGGCCCAGACGGAGGUGACGUGGUACAAGGACGGCAAGAAGCUGAGUGGGAGCUCGAAAGUGCGCGUGGAGGCCAAGGGCUGCACCCGGCGUCUGGUGCUGCAGCAGGCGGGGAAGGCGGACAGCGGGGAGUACAGCUGCGAGGCCGGGGGCCAGAGGGUCUCCUUCCGCCUGGAUGUCACAGGUCAGUUGACAAAGCAGACAUUUGACCACUCUGGGAACAGGCCUAGAGGAAGUGUCUCAGUGUGGGCAAGGGCAGGAGAAAGCACUCAGUAG